AUGCGAGAUUCAGGUAUUCCCUCCAAAGGUAAUUGUUUACUUGUGUCUAUUGUUUACCUCAAUUGGGAACACAGUUAUAUCGUGGAUUAUAUGCGCGGGAGUAAUUCAUGGACUUGCUUUAAAAAUAUAGAACGACUAAAUGAAGAUAAAGAAAAGGGACUGUCUUUUAUAUUUAAAGUGAAUUUAAUCGAACUGCUGGGAGGACAAACUUUAGCUAAAUCUUUAAAUUUAAUAAAGGUCAACUGUAUUGCACGGAAUCUUGACGUGCAAUACAGACAAGAGCUGCUAGUAUACCACGGGACCUUGACGUAG